GGGAGCGGCACUGUUUCUAUGGCGGGAGGGCAGCGCGGAGCGCGCGCGCGCCUGCACGUCACACCAAAGCGCCCAUUCGCCCGAGGAUUGAGAGUGACGCGGAGGAGUCUCGCCUGCGCCUGCGCGCGAGAGUAAUACCUAUAGGAUUCUUUUGCAGGAGUUAGGAAAUGGGUGUGCACAGCUGCCUCUUAAAGGGACAGAAUCCUCGAGUAAAAGGGGAAGUCGCCUGAGCGCCAACCUGGAGGGAAGUAGAGAACAGGACGGAGUGCACAGCUGAAAAAGAAGGGAUAUGUCUACCAUCCAUGUGAAAUACUGCAUUUCCCCAUUAUCAUUAAUUAUUCCUGAAGCACUUCUUAGCAAGCAAUCCUGGUUUUCAGUGCUCUUCUUCUUGUCACUAUGGAAUUCAGUCAGCCAGAUCAUUGUUUCUCACCAUGCUUGAUGGACUUUUGCAAUUGAGAAAGUUUGUACCUGGAUCUCCUAACCUAAUUUCCUGUGGUGCUGCGGCUGAUGUGCCUGACUAGGACCGGGGAGACCAAGAUCCAAAUCCCCAUUCAACUAGGAAGCUCACAUGGUGGUCAGUCACUAUCUUUCAGCGUAACCUCACCCACAGGGUUGUUGUAAAGAUAAAGUGCAGUGACAACUAUGUAUGCCUCUUUGAGCUCCUUGGAGGAAAGGUGGGAUAUUGUGUAUUAAACAAAUAACACACUGCUGUACUAACCAUCUUCACAUGUGCUUACUCAUCUUUCUCUCUAACCCAAAAGCUUAUUUUGAGCUGGGAGCUUAACCUGCCGGGAACCUAUUUUGAAUGCUACCACUGAACCAUGAAAUAACAGUAAGCCUUGCUGACUAGUUCUCAUCUGGCGAGGGGGCUCUGGUUUGCACAUGGCAUGCUGCCUUUUGGCCUUCCCUCCACAGACUCAGUAGCUGAGCAGGCAGUAUUCGUAAAGAUAUGGCAGGAUUUCACUAGCAGAAGCCAGCACAAAGACUCCUACUAGCCUAAUGGGGCUUCACCCACCUUACGCCUCUCCCAAAUCUGCUCUGAAGGGUCAUGAGAACCCCCAGAACAGUGCACAGGGAGGAGAGGGGAAAUUGUUCCAUCAAGCAAGCAGCAGACAGAACAAUCUUCUUAGCGCUAGCCGGAAUUCCACCCAUAGUUGUUGCUUUUAAAAUUACAGUUGUUCCCUCAGUAAUUUAUUAAGAGAAAGCUGGUGUAGCGUAGUGCCUGAGAGACUGAGCUAUGAGUCAGAAGUCAGGACUGGUUUGGAUCUUACCUCUGCCCUGAGCUCACAAGGUGCUUUGGGGAAGCAAUUCUCCCUCAACCUCAGCCCUGUUGCUGUAUUGGGGGAUAAUACCGACUUACAGGCUUGCAACUGGAUGGUGCAUGUGAACUACUGUGAGCACUUGAAAGCAGUCUAGGAAUAUGAGGUAUUGUUAUUAGUAGGACAAAAGACGCCUCUACAGUUGUAAUCUGAGCAGGCUGUGUGCUCCCAUUGCACAUUAGUGUCUGUGCAAUCACACGUGGAGGCACCCCGAAACUCGGCCCUCCAGCCGUUUUGGGACUACAACUCCCAUCUUCCCUAGCUAACAGGACCAGUGGUCAGGGAUGGUGGGAAUUGUAGUCCCAAAACAUCUGGAGGGCCGAGUUUGGGGGUGCCUGCACACGUAGGUGCACUUGAAGUGAAGCACACUUAUAGAUAGAUUCAACUUCUAGCGUGUGUGUGAGAGAGAGAUGAAUGCUGGAGAAUGAGAGCUCUAGUAUGUGAUUGCUAACAUGAUUUUGGUAACAAAUCCCCAAAGGCAGGGCCACGCCUGGAAAAUAGGGACAGAUGGGAUGGAUAAGGAACUUCCCAGUAGAUCCUUCGUUAGAGUUUAAACCAAACCACUUUCUGUCUCCAGACUAUCUGUUUUUCCAUGCCACUAUCUUGGCCACCCUUCGCCUCUUCCCUAUGCCCAGUCACUGUUCUCUCUUCUCUUCAUUGUCUUUGGCAACUGAGUAUGAGAUGAUGAUCAGAUUAAAUGAAGGGCCCUAACCAUGUUAUUAUUUAAAAGUAAGUACCACUGAGUUCAGUGUGAUUUGCUUCCAAACAAGGAUGCGCAGGGUUGCAGCCCUAAUGUACUGAGGACACACAGAAAACUGUGUUGCAUGAGAAAAAUCAAUAUUCUGUGUGGAAGGGGGAGUGGGGGAGUUAUUGUAGCAGAGAACAUGUAGAUCAGUUCCCAAUGUUCUUCCUUGUUUUUGUAGCAAGUCAAAGCUGGGCAUUAAAUGACUUCUGGGUGUUUUGCUAGGGAUGGUGGAAGAGCAACCGAACUGAAUUAUUUGGGUCAGUAGGCCAACAGAACUGCUCUGAUUCCCUGAGCUUUAACCAUUGAGAACACAUUAGCAUUCUGCUCGUUUCACAGAAAAGAGGAUUUAAAACUGUUCAUUUUGCUGUAGUCAUGGUUCAAAUGGAAUUUUGGGGGGAAAUAAAGUAUAGCUGUCUCACUAACUUGAGCAGAGGUGGAGCUCUGGAAAAGUGGCACGAUUUUAAAUCUCACAGGAUUUACCUCAGAACCUGAUUUUCAAGACUCAACCUAAUUGCCUCUGAGCAUGCAUAGAGCGCUUUCCCAUCACUGCUGAGUAACUCCUGUUGGGCUGAUCACACCUGAAACAAGCAGGGAUGCUGAACCUCUGAAGCCAAUUACGUUACAAAUCAGAUAUCAGGUGGUUGACCAGUUUUGAGAUAAAGUCCUAGCUUCAGAGAGCAGGCAGUUACUGGAGGUGGGUGUGGGUUGAUGUAAGACGAACACUAUGGGAGUAAUAUAGCAGUGUGAUUGAGGGGUGGUCAGCUGGAAGACUGUUUAUAGGUGCUGGAGGGAAGCUGGGAUGGGGAAGACAGAACCGAGCCAUAGGCAACUCUGAAACCUUUAAGAAUUUUGAAAUGUAGAAUGGGCAGAGAUUGGACCUUUCCCAAGUGUGGUGGAAUAAUUUUCUUAUGCUCAGUCUGUUUUGCUGUUUAAAAAAAGGCCUUCACGGUUGAAAUGCAAAUAUGAUUCAGUUACAAUAUAUUGCCCUCCAGCUCAACAGCACCUUUCCGGCUGAAGCACAAGGACUGGUGAUGUCUCGUUCCUGCCCGGCGACAUCAUCCCUGCCUUGGCUAAGGGUGUAGCAAGGGGAAGGUUUUUCCUCGUAGCACCUUCACGCCACUUCCUCCUGAGCCUUCUGCAAGCUUCAUUCAAGAGUGGCUGGAUAAAUGGAGCAGGAGUGCGUGGCUCUGGUUGCUGCCUGCGUCCAAACCUCCCAGUUGCUAGUGCAGCAAUGGAUGCUCAACAGGCGCACGGUGAUAUUCGCCAUAGCGAGGAUUCUGCAGAGGAGGCGCUUCCGCAGGUCAGCCGCGGUGCUGAGGCGCAUCCUCUCGGCCAGCGUCCGCCGCAAGAGAGCCCUGCUGCGGCUUCACCGGAACGCCAUCGUCUCCGUGGUCACCAUGGUGUACUCGUCUUCUCCCGCGCUGCACUACGAGCACGAGCUGAUGGCCUUGUCUGAGCGCUCCCACUGGAUGCUUCCCAGGUGCAGCGAAUGGUGGGAGCGGAUGAUCAGCUCCGAGCAGGACGACAAGUGCUGGAUUUCCUUGUUCAGGAUGUCGCGGUCCACGCUGAUGUACAUCGCCGAGGAGCUGCGCCCCGCCCUGCAGCGCCGGGACACGGGCAUGCGGUCUCACAUCCCCGUGGAGAAGAGAGUCGCCAUGACUAUCUGGAAGCUGGCGCACCACGACAGCUACAAGACCGUCUCGGAGCUCUUCGGGGUGGGGAUUUCGUCAGCCUGCUCGAUAUUUGAAGAGGUGUGCGAGGAAAUAAACAGCAGGCUGCUGGCCCAAAUCAUUAAGCUGGGAGACCCGCAGGAGAUCAUUGAGGGCUUCAAGGAGAUGGGUUUCCCCAAUUGCCUCGGCGCAAUCGAUGCAAUCCACAUCUCCAUCCUCUGCCCCCCGUUCUCUGCUGACUCCUACAUUAAUUGCAAGGGUUUCUAUUCUAUGGUGCUGCAGGCCCUGGUGGAUAGCAAAUCCCGGUUCACCGAUAUCUAUGUCGGCUUUCCGGAGAGGUCCCACGACUCCCGCAUCUUGCACAACUCUCCGUUCUUCAACAGCAUGGAUGAAGGCACUUUUGGGCCACAGACUCCAACGGUGCUGGAAGGCGUUUUGAUGACCCCUAUCAUAAUUGGGGAUCCUGCCUAUCCGCUUCGCCCCUGGCUCAUGAAGCCGUACCCAGCGCCAAAAACCGGGGCCCAGGAAAAAUUCAACGAGAGGCUUGCCAAGUGCCGAGCAUGCGUGGAGAGAGCUUUCGGGGUCCUGAGAGCUCGCUGGAGGUGCCUGCAGAUGAGGCUGGAUGUGAGGGAGAAGCUUAUUCCUGUGGUCAUAGCCACUUGCUGUAUCCUGCACAAUAUCUGCGAGAUCAAAGGGGAUGAGUUGCUGGAGCCGUUGGAAAGCCCCACAGUGGCUGAAAGCCAGAAUGCUUCAGCCAGGCCAAGGGUGCCCUUGUCGGAGGCUGGACUGACCAAGAGAGCUUGCCAGAUCAGGGCUGCUUAUUGCUCCUAUUUUGAAAAGAACCCUGUGUAAAAAUGGGGGGGGGGGACAAAACAGGCUCAUUUGUCCAUGUAAUUUCACGGGUGUGUAUGACCUGGUUGUAGUAUGCAGACCCUGUAUUGCUGAAGCCUACUAUAUGGUAGCUUUCUACAUGUCAAAUAAAAAGGCUAUGAUUUUGAGUGGUCUGCUGCUAUAUUUUCUAAUAGAUGGUAAUUGCUAUGGUAAAAGCAUAGGGUGGGACUUGAACCAAUGAUGGUGUAAAAUAGAAGAGUGAACAGUUUUUCUUAAAGGGGAUUUAUAUACCUGGACACCCAGGAAUUUUUAAGAUGAGACACAUGGAUUUCAAGGCUGACAUGAGAUUUAUAUGAACCAGUAACCAUGGAUCCACAUAAUGAAACAGUUUAGACAGUCUUAUUAAGCUAAGAUACGAACAAGACUUUUGUACUCACUAAAACCAGGAAUCUUCUAAUCAUAAUUUCCUGCUUUGGUAGGGUUGCCAUUUUUCAAAAAGUGAAAACACUAAAGUUGUUGAGCUUUUUUUGGCAAAAUUGGCUAUUUUUAAGGGAAAUCAACACUGCUGACAUGGAUUGCCAUAUGUCCGGCUUCUGACUGCAGUAUUCCGGUAUGUCUGGGAAAUUCUGGAUGUAUUAUAACCUUAGGUUUGGCCAAAACCUAUGGUUAGGCUUAACUGGUUUAAUUGCAGCUUUCAGGGGAAAGUGAAGGGGCUUGUGCAUUUUUUCAGCCUAAUAAGUCUAAUAAGAUAUUACUAAUAAGAUAUGACUGACUGAAUGCAUCUGAUAACUCCCACUUUCCAUAUCUGGGCAGAUAUGGUUUUAUCUUGGCUUGCAAACCAGAAAUGUCAGUAACAUUGAAACCACUGUAUCUCAGUUCAGAUGUCAAGUGAAGCUGAUUUAAGAAACUGGGAAUCUUCCUCUCCUAUUGGGGCACAUGAGAAGAGAGAGGAAGCACCCGUACUCAUGGUUCGCUCCUGCUCUUAAAAAUAAAUACUGUAAAUCACUGAGGAAACAACAAAAACACUUGUCCUUCCAUAUACUGUAUAAGAUUUUUCUAGGAAAGUAUAUUUUUUCAAUUGAGAGGGAAGCCAAACACAGAAUAAAUGCAUUCAUGAUGAUGGUCAUUGUGCUUAAUGCCCUGCUUGCUAAUUGCUAGGGAUGGUCUUCAAGGGGAGACUUCUGAAGCGAUAGUGCAAAGCAGUAACCAGUGUACUUUGGUUGCAAACAUGUUCUGCAGAUCCUUUCUUUCACAAUGCAAUAUUGUGCAGACACACAGAAUGUGCGGAAAGCAGCUUUUGACUAUUACGUACCAUUUGCCACAACUACAACAUUGAACAGUUAGUGGGAUCAUUUUAACAAAAUGUCUUUAAACAAAAACUGUAGCAUGUUCCUCCACUUCAAAGUAAAAAGCGGAUUUGUUGCAUUUCCUUUGCUUCUGUAGGCAGCAGUCUUUCUUAGUGUCGCCAGGAUUGAAUUUGUAGCAGAACUCACCUAAGCUUAGCACUAGAGCACAGAGGUUGCUCAAGAGAGUCUCUGGGUUGUAUCCAGCUAAGUUCUACUCUAAAGGAGACCUGAACUUAUUGAACCUAAGAUUGUCCAUUCAGUUCAUUGGGUCUGUUCUGAGUACAGCUACCACUGGAGACAAUCCUCUCCCUCACCACUGAAGGCCACUUCCCCUGUUACAAGUGCUGGAAAUGUACAACCCACAUUAGAAAAUGGUGGGCAACAAUCAAAUGUGUAGAAUUGUUGCUGCAUAAACAGGCUUUGAAGACCACCAAGAGUGUACUUGCUGUGAGCAUUUUCACCCCUCCCAUUCUGAAAAUCUGGUGAUAUCUGCUGUUGGGAGGGAACAGUUAGGAAUUGUUACUUUGUUGUUUUUCAUUCCUGACUCUGCUCUCUGCUCUCUGCUGUGUGCAGUUUAAUAUCUUCUGUAGACAAGAUGGCUAAGUGAGAGGCUGUAACACUCACAAAGCCAGAUCUGUAAAUAUGCAGUAGUUAAUAGAAAUAAAUGAGGAAUGUUUUGAAACCUCUACAAAUGCUUCUGCUGUUCACUGCUGAUUUGGUGCUCAUAAAGCCCAGUUAUGAGUCCAUGAUUCCCGGGUGUAUGCUGAAGGUGUUCCAGACGUCCUGCCCAGGCAUAGGGGCCUAAGAAGACCUGGACAGAUCCUGGCAUUUACCCACAUAUGGUAGCAGGCGGAUGGUUGCUGGUAGCAGGCUGAUGGUUGCAGAUGGCUAUUGAUGGUUGGAUAAUUGGAUGUUUCUGAUCCAUUUCCAUCUGAUGCUGCACAUCGGAGUUGAGCUGUGAGCUGAAGCUGUUUUUCAAGCUGCUGUUUGAUUUACAGAAAAGGUAUGUUGCUGGCUGCCAGGAAGACAGCAGAGACGCUUUUCCAGUUUGCCUGUUAAUUGUGCUGAGUGGGGAGAGAAGUUGCUGAGAGAGUCAAGAGUAUUUGGGGUGCAUGAAGGGAAGUGUCUUGCUGUUAACUAAACACAGGCAUGGCUUCUGCACAUUCUGGCCAGAUGUCUCUAUCUUUUCCUCUCCUUACACCAGAGACCUAUCCUACAUGGCAGGUCAAAAUGAAAGCACUUUUACAAAGGGAAAAGCUUUACCAUAUUAUAGAAGAUGACCCCCCUAAUGAGGAUGAUGAUGGAUGGCCAGCGUGGCAUGAGGCAGACAUGAGAGCCAGGGGGACAAUUAUUCUGAGUGUCCAGGACCAGUUGUUGGUCAACUUGGAGAACCAGCAGACUGCACGGGCUGUUUGGAAUAAACUUCGAGAUAUGCAUCUAAGACAAAAUGCAGGAUCCAGUGUGCUUUUCUUUAAAAAGCUGUGUAGGCUGGAAUUGCAGAAAGAUGGUGAUUUGCCCAGCCAUCUAGCCCAAUUAAAACGUCUCAGACAGGAUCUUGUCCAGCGAGACUUAAAUAUUUCAGAAGCUGUUUUUGCAAUGCUUAUCAUAAACAGUUUGGAUGAAUCUUAUGAUGCUGUAGCUGCUCAAUUGUCGUCUUUGCCCAAUGACCGUCUAACAGAAGAUUAUGUGUCUAGCGUGCUCUUGAAUGAGUGGGAUCGCAGACAGACUGCUAGAGAAAGCAGGGACAAGGCUGUUGGAAAUGCCUACAAGCCUUCAACAGGGGAAAGUGAAAGUGUUGCAAAAGCUCUUAAAAUGCGCCGCUGUUUUUCUUGCGGAGAGGUCGGCCAUUUUAAAAAUCAGUGUAAAAACUCUUCAAAGAAGAAGGGCAACUUCAAAGGCAAAGGGGGAGGAGGCCGAAAACCCCAAGGGCCAGCUGCAUCAAAGGCUUUGAUUUCACGCAGUUCUAAUCAACUCACACGUUCUGUUUUUGUUGUCGACUCAGGAGCCACAAGGCACGUGGCCAAUGAUAAAAAUCUCUUUCUUCAUCUUGAGAAACAGGGAGGAGCAAUUCAUCAAGCGGAUGGAACGACUAUUAAAAGUUUGGCUCAGGGAACGGUUUCUUUGCAGAGCCUUAAUGCAACAGUUAAAAAUGUUAUGUAUGCUCCUCAUUUGCAGGAUAAUCUCUUGAGUGUUUCUCAGCUAGACGCUCAAGGAUUUAAAGUGGUGUUUGCAAACUCUCGGUGUGAAAUUCUUCGAGACAACAAACUCAUUCUUUAUGCUAAGUGUGUUGAUGGUUUAUAUGUAUUGCCUUUUGUUACAGGUACAGCUGCUGGAGCAACUAAAGAAACUGAAAAGGCGUGCUGUAAUAUAUCAGUAGAUAAGAAUGAGAAAUUGCAUAACCAUUGUAUUCAUGAUUAUCAUCGUUUGUUUGGUCAUUUGCAUUUCCAGGCAGUAGGUAAAAUGCAAAAUAUGGUUGAGGGCAUGAAAGUUCAAAAGUGUCCUUAUCAUAUGAAAUGUGUCUCAUGUGCAGAGAACAAAAUUAAGCAAGCUCCCAAAGGUACAAAAUCUGGGAGGGAGGUUAAGAAACCUUAUGAGAUUGUGCAUGCAGACUUGGUUGGACCUCUAGCGCUCUCUAGAGGAAACUCAUGUUAUUUUUUGGUUCUGAUAGAUGCCUAUUCUAGAUAUGUUUGGGUCUAUAUGUUACAAAAGAAGUCUGAAGCCUUCUCUAAGUUUCAAAAAUUUUGUGCAUGGCUCAGGAAUGUUCACGAUGAGCAUGUACGUUGUCUCUUCACUGACAGGGGUGGAGAAUUUUGUUCAGAACAGUUUGAAAACUUUACUGCAGAACAGAGCAUAGAGCACAUGACUGCCACGCCCAGAUCUCCAUGGCAGAAUGGUUUAUGUGAAAGAGUAAACCAGACCUUGCAACAAGGAAUUAAAACUCUGUUGCAUGAUUCAGGCCUACCCAACCCCUUCUGGGCUGAAGCUCUAUCGUGUUUCACCUAUAUUUACAACCGCAGGUAUCAAUCAGCCAUUGAUUGCACCCCAUACGAAAUGCUGUUCAAAAGGAAACCGUUUGUAAAACAUUUAAAAAUUUUCGGUUCUGAAGUUUGGGUGCACACUCUGCAAGGUGACAAACUGAGCAAAUCUGGUCAACAUGGCAUUUUUCUAGGUUAUGAAAAAGGUUCUUAUCGUGUGCUGAUGACAGACACAAACACAAUUAGGCUGACCAGAAGCAUGGAUUGUAAUCCAAAAUGGGACAAAGUUGGCAUUUUUCAAUGUCAUCCCAUUUCAGAUGAUGAGGUGGUGAAACCAAUUAACAAAGAGGCAAAACCUGUAAUUGAUGCUGAUGGUAGCACAGAUUCUGACACUGAUACAGAUGAUCAGAAUGAAAAGACCUCUUUUAAGAAAUCAGAUGGGUCUGACACUGAUCUAGAGGUAGAAUCUUUGCCAGAUACAGGUCACCAUUCUCCCAAGGAGGAGGAACCAGACCCAGAGGAUCCCAGAGUAUUGCGUAGAUCUGAGAGAACUACCAAGGGACAAGCACCUAAACGAUUUUCUAAAGAAUUUGCUAAAGCUGCUAUUUCAGAUAUGGCUGCCACUAGCAAUCCAAACUCAGUUUUUGAACCAACUAACUACAAAGAGGUUCAAAAUUUACCUGAAAAAGAUGCCGAACCUUGGCUUAAUGCCAUGAAAGCUGAAUUGAAUUCCCUAAAGCAAAAUGACACGUGGGAAUUGGUUCCAGUAGAACCAGGCAUGAAACUUGUAGACAGCAGGUGGAUUUACAAAACCAAGACUGAUCAGACUGGUAAAGUGGUCAGAUAUAAAGCCAGAUUAGUUGCACGUGGUUUUUCUCAAGUUCCUGAUCAGGACUAUCAUGAGACAUAUUCACCGACAGUCAAAUUUGAGACAGUUAGGCUGUUGAUGAAAAUUGCUGCAGAAGAGGGCAUGACCAUAUCUCAUCACGACGUAAAUACUGCGUUUUUGUACGGAAUUCUCAAUGAGAGUAUUUACAUGUCACCGCCAGACGGAGUGCAGAUAAAAAAGGGAAUGGUGUGUAAAUUAAAAAAAUCCCUGUAUGGUCUAAAACAAAGUGCUCGAUGCUGGCACACUAAGCUGACAGAAGUGCUGUUUUCCUUAGGUUUCCAGCAAGGAAAGGCUG